UCGGCGGCGCCCGGCGCCAGGCGGCCUGUGGCGGCGGGAGCGGGAGAAGAUGGCGGUGGCCGUGAGAACUUUGCAGGAGCAGCUGGAGAAGGCCAAGGAGAGCCUGAAGAAUGUGGACGAGAAUAUCCGUAAGCUCACCGGCCGGGACCCAAACGACGUCAGACCCAUCCAAGCCCGAUUGCUGGCCCUCUCAGGCCCUGGUGGAGGUAGGGGCCGUGGCAGCUUGUUAUUGAGGCGUGGAUUCUCUGAUAGUGGAGGAGGACCCCCAGCCAAACAGAGAGAUCUUGAAGGGGCAGUCAAUAGGCUGGGUGGGGAGCGUCGGACAAGAAGAGAAUCACGCCAGGAAAGCGACGCAGAGGAUGAUGACGUUAAAAAGCCAGCGUUGCAGUCCUCAGUUGUGGCUACCUCCAAAGAACGAACACGUCGAGACCUUAUUCAAGAUCAAAAUAUGGAUGAAAAAGGAAAACAAAGGAAUCGACGUAUAUUUGGCUUGUUGAUGGGCACCCUUCAGAAAUUUAAACAGGAGUCUACUGUGGCUACGGAAAGGCAAAAACGGCGUCAGGAAAUUGAACAGAAACUUGAAGUUCAGGCCGAAGAAGAGCGAAAGCAGGUUGAAAAUGAAAGACGGGAGCUGUUCGAAGAGAGGCGAGCUAAACAGACAGAACUACGGCUUUUGGAACAAAAGGUUGAACUUGCUCAAUUGCAAGAAGAAUGGAAUGAGCAUAAUUCUAAGAUUAUUAAAUACAUCAGAACCAAGACAAAGCCCCAUUUGUUUUAUAUUCCUGGAAGAAUGUGUCCAGCUACCCAAAAGCUAAUAGACGAGUCACAGAGAAAGCUGAAUGCGAUAUUUGAAAAUAGACGCAAUGAAUUUGCAGAACAAAUAAAUAAAAUGGAGGCUAGACCUAGAAGACAAUCUAUGAAGGAAAAAGAACACCAGGUGGUGCACACGGAAGAAAAGAAGGUGGAACAAGUGGGUAAGGUGGCUCAGCGUGAGGAAGAGAUGGAGGAGACAGGUAACCAGCACAAUGACGUAGAAAUAGAGGAAGCAGGAGAGGAAGAGGAGAAAGAAGUAGGGGCAGCUCAGAGCGAUCCCGAGAAAGAACAGGAAGAGGUAGAGCAGAGACAGGAACCCGAGAAUAAGAGGGAGGAGGAGACGGAGGUGCGGGAGAUAGAGAAGGAGCAGGAUAGUCACCCCGAAAACGCGGUGGAUCUCAGAGAGCGGGGAGAUGGCGUCGGGGUGGUGGAUGAGGAGCGGGAGGCUAUGGAAACGAACCAAGUAGAAAGGGUGGAGCCCCCGGGAGCCGAGGUUAGCGGAGAAACGGAGGCAGAGGUGGAGUGUGCGACCCGGUCCGAGAAGGAAGGUAAGCCUAGUUCUCCCGAGAAGGAAAGUGGCGGAGAGCCAGCAGUGGAGAGCAGAUCGGAGGGGAAGCGGGAAAAGGAAGCCGAAGUCCAGCUAGAGCCCGGGCCCCCAGUUCAGCUCGGCGUCCAGGGGCCGGCCCCGGCCCCGGCCCCGGCCCCGGCCCCGCCUCAGGCCCGGCCCCCGGCCCCGCCUCAGGCCCGCUCCCCGGCCCGGCCCCCGGCCCGGCCUCGGCCCGACACCUCGCCGCCGCCUCCUGCCCGACCGCCGCCUGAGGCCACCGAAGAGCCGGGCCGGGAGCCGGAGAAGAAGGAAUUUGCCGUAGAGUCCCUCGGCCGGGCCGAAGCGCCGCCUGGGCAGCUGCCGGCGGCGCCCGCCGCCAGCGGAGUCAAGACGCGGAGCGGAAGCGGGGGACGAGGGAGGAACAAGAGCAGUCAGAGCAGAAGCCGCAGCAGCAGCAGCAGCUCCAGCAGUAGUAGUUCGAGCAGCAGCAGUAGCGGCAGCAGCUCCAGCAGCGGCAGCAGCAGCAGCCGCACUAGUUCCAGCAGCAGCAGCAGCUCUAGCGGAAGCAGCAGCAGAGGGAGCAGCAGCAGCAGCAGCAGCAGCAGCCAGAGUAGGAGUCGCAGUCGAGGCCGGGGUCACGAGCGGGAUAGGAAGCGCAGGAGGAGCGCGGAGCGCAAGCGGAGGGACCCUUCGGGACUAGACAGGAGCCACAAGGCUUCGAAGGGUAGCGGCAGAGACGCCAAAGGAGCCAAGGAUAAGAGCUCCCGAGGGUCCGCCCGAAAGAGGUCGGUGUCAGAAAGUAGUCGGUCGGGCAAGAGGCCCGCGAGGAGUGAGAGAGACCGCAAGGCAGAUAGGAAGGACAAGAGGCGUUGACGGAAGAAGCCGGGCCGCCGGAGACCCGGCUCGGAGAAAUCCCUUUCCUUGGCGGGAGGAGGCUGCCUUAAGAAUCGCAUGUUGUAAAAUUCUUUUUGGAAAAAUGCAGAGACUGUUUGUUUACCAGACGUUCUUGUACUUUUUACAUAAUUUUGUAAGAGCUCUCAAAAUUAUGUGAAGUUCCGGAAAAAUGGAAAAAAGAAAUAAAAACGAGAUUCACAGCCCUUGUCAUCUUUUUUAACUGCUCCAUAGCCCUCAGCGAGAAACCUGUACAUUUCUGUAGGUAAAUCUUAGGCGUGUGUGUCUGUCCACCUCCGAUUCCCUAUUAUACUUUGUUUUUGUAGAAAUAAAUGUACGUUUUUAAAAAAUCGUUCUCGAGACGGCGACGUGCGGGACGUCCUCCCGGGGAUCGGUUUAACAGCAUUGCCGCCGUAUACUUGAGGUGCCCCGGAGGAGGCUUUUAAAAUAACAUUUUUAUUUUUCGGAAGAACUACCCGCUUUUCACCGCUUUUAAUUGAGUUCCACUGAGAGGGCGUGACUUCCCCCAAAGCAAUGGUCCGUGCCCACUGUCGUCGUCGCUCCUCCCUUUUAAAGUUCACUCACCUUUCUUCCACGUCCACUUAUUUUUUUCUCUGUUCCUCGAACCGUACGUGGAGCAAAAGAGCGAAGGCUGACGGUCUUACCGAACGGCAGCGGCACCGUCGCCUUUGUUCUGGAGAGAAAAUGUCACUACCGCCCGCCUUCUCCCUAGAACGGAGAGCACCGUGCCCUGGGCGGUCAAAAAAUGUAAAGCGGGGAGCAGUCGUGGUUUUAGUGUUCCGUUGGCUUCAGCUGAGCCUGAUGCCAGUGAUUGUUUCUUUUGCGAAUAUUUGAGAAAGUGUAAAAACUAAGAGGAGAAACUCAAGUCUAAGCUCGGUGAAUGUGUUAGCGAAGCAGUGAGAUAUAUAUAUGUAUAUUAUAUAUAGUGUACCAGGUGAUUAUCAAAUUGUAUUGUUUUAUAAUUUUGUAUGAACUUAGAGUACAUCUGUUGGCCUAUACUGUACAUGUGCAAAUAAAUGUGGCUUAGACUA